UUUUGCCUUUCGGUGCUUCCACCAACCCUGUAAUCGAAUUCUUAUCAAACUACUGCCUACAAACGGUACAAACUACACUGCUGGCGUAUGUUCAUAGAAACGUCUUUCUUUUAUUUUCGAGUUCGUCUAUUAUUUUACUCGACGCCCCGUGCGUGCGCAGUAGUUUGCUAACAGUUUUUUUUUUAUUACACAUUAAACAAAAAGUCGUUGCGUCGAAAGUUAUGGUUUAUGCACGACUUUUGUACAUGUAUUCGAUUUCGGUUCGAUGUUAUUGCCGAUUGCGAUUUAAGAAUUUUCAAUCGCGCAUGUGAUACACAUAUUUCACACGUUUGUGCACAACAACCAUGGAAUACCCUGUUCAUAAAGAUGUGAAUUUUGUAUGGACGAAUGGAAACAAUGUGUACAUUCCUCAUUCUCAAACUGAAUCUUCUACUGCUAUAGAUCCUGUAUUCUUUAAGAAUUCCAUACCACAAGUUGAAACUAUUCAACCUAGAAUGGAAAUUAACAAUUAUAUGGUAUAUGAUCAAACAAGAGAAGUGGAUAAUCCAAACAAAAUGUGGAAAUUUAAAAAUGAUUCUGAUAAUGCUCAGAAAAAUGAAAUUUGUGCACAAGAAAGAAAAAUACAUACUUCUAAUUCUCGAAAAAUUAAACCUAUUCAAAAUCCAGCAUUAAAAUUAAAAACUCCAAUUGCAUAUCAAAGAGAUUCUGAUCCCAACAUGUUACCUAUUGAAAAAGAAGGACGAGCUGUAUGUAAAAAUUGUGGUGCAAUUGGUGUUAAACAUUCAUUUUAUACAAAAUUAAGAAACUAUUGCAGUCAAGCUUGUGUUAAGGCAGCAAUGGAAAAAUCUGAAGUUUUUUCUUUUGAAUCUCAGAAGGAUAAUACAAACAAUGAGGAAGACUCAUUUUCUAAUUUUGUAAAUCCUGAACAGUUGCUUGCUACAACGCCUUCAACUGAUAGUAGUAAUUAUAGUGUUCCUGUCAAAAGUAGUUCAACUGUAGCUUAUCAAAAUAAUGAAAGUGAGUCUGAAUCUGAAGAUUCGCUUUCUUUCACCUCAUAUCCCAUUGAAGAAGAUUUAUUAUUUCCUCCUGAUAAAAUACCUUGCAGACCGAUACCACAAACAUAUGAUUGGGUAAACGAUUUAAUACACCAAAAUUAUGAAGUUGCUCCUGUUCAAUGUUUUCGUUAUGCACCCAUGGCAGAUUGUUGGGAUGAUAUGGCCACUGGGAUUAAAGUUGAAGUUGUAAAUUCUGAUUGUGAUAAUUUUAGUGAAGAAUUUCCUGAUUAUUAUUGGGUUGCUUCUAUAGUAAAAAUUGCAGGUUAUAAAGCUAAGUUACGAUAUGAAGGGUAUGAAUUAGACCAAAGAAGUGAUUUUUGGGUAAAUUUAUGUUCUAAUGUCGUACACCCUGUUGGAUGGUGUGCAACAAGGGGUAAACCUUUAAUACCACCUAAAUCUAUUCAAUCAAAACAUCGUGAUUGGAAAGAAUUUUUAGUAAAGUGUUUAACUGGAGCUAGAACAUUGCCUACAAAUUUUCGUUUAAAAAUAUUUGAAUCUUUGAAGUCUAAAUUUCGAGUUGAUUUAACUUUGGAAUUAGUUGAUAAAGAGCACAUAUCAAAAGUUAAGGUAGCCAAAAUUCUUAAUAUAAUUGGUAAAAGGUUAGAAUUGAGGUACUAUGAUAAUGAAGAACAAGUAUUUUGGGUACAUGAAGAUUCACCAUUAAUUCAUCCAGUUGGUUGGGCUGGUAGAGUUGGUCACUGUUUAUGUGCUCCAGAUGAAUAUCGUGAUAGAACAUCUAAAGGAUUACGUGAUAAAGAUGAUGCAACAGAAGAUCUUUUUCCAAUGUCAAUACCAUAUAAAACAGGAUUUCAAGUUGGAAUGAAAUUAGAAGCAAUUGAUCCUCUAAAUCUUGCUUCAAUAUGUGUUGCAACAGUUAUGAAAGUGCUGAAUGAUGGCUAUUUAAUGAUCUCCAUUGAUUUUUAUAACAGUACUCCUAAAGAUUGGUUCUGUUAUCAUUGUACGUCAGCUAGUAUCAUGCCAGCUGGAUUUUGUGAAACACAUGGUAUUAAUUUAAAACCUCCUCAAAAUGUCACUAUUCCUUUUGUAUGGAAAGACUAUCUGGAAAAUUCUAAUAGUAUUGCAGCCCCAAAAUAUUUGUUUGAUAUGGAAGUACCUGAACAUGGGUUUAAAUCUAGCAUGAAACUUGAAUGUACAGAUUUAAUGAAUCCUCAUUUAAUAUGUGUGGCAACUGUAUUAAGAACAGCAGGAAGAUUAAUAGAAGUGCAUUUUGAUGGAUGGGGAAACGACUUUAAUCAAUGGUUAGACUGUUGUUCAUCUGAUAUAUUUCCAGUUGGCUGGUGUGAAGUGGUUGGUUAUAAAUUAGAAGGACCUAUCACUGAAGUUAUUCAAGAACCUCGUCAAGCUAAAAAUAAAAAUAAAAAGUCCAAGAAAAAACGUUUUCCAAUUAAAAAAGCAGCUGUAUUAUCAUUACCAGUACAAACAAAGGCUCCUACGUCUUGCUAUACUUCUUUAGAUGUUUGUCAGAAGUGGGCUGCUAAUAAUAAAAUGACUUCAAAUUGUGAACGAAGUCCAGUUUCAGCUACUGAACCUCUAGGUCCAGAUCAAUCACUACCAGUUGCAUGUGAUGCUACAAGUAUUAAAGAAGAACAUGUUUUGGAAAGAUCAUUUUUGGAAAAAGAUACAAAUUUUUGGAACGAAAAAGAUGUAUCAGAGUUUUUGCUAUUUAAUCAAUGUGCUACAUAUCGUGAUGUUUUUUUAAGUCAAAAUAUUGAUGGUAAAAAACUGAUGAAUCUCACUAAAGAAGAAAUUAUACACAUGACGGGAAAUAAAGUUGGUCCUUCAUUGAAAAUAUUUGAUCUAAUACAAAAAUUAAAAAAUAAAACUAAAAAAAAAAAAUUUAUUUGAA